AUGGCCAGGGAGAUCUUUCGCAGCUACGAGGAAAAGCUUUUUGCAGGUCGACCGGUGGAGUCAGCACAGGGGCUUUUUCUGAGAUUCUGGAGGACCUUUCGACAAGCUCAGCCCGACAAUAGAAUCUUCCAAGUCCAUUCCCAAGAUGAACUAAGAUUUUGCAUACCUUGCAAGAUUCAUGCAGAUGAGGGCACUGGGGUUCGGAAGAGCGCAGUUAUGCAGAUCUCCUGGGGACCCGUCCUCGCAGCUGGUGCUGCAAGCUGGCUCCGAUAUUUUUUUUGGACUGCUAUGGGUCACGAAUCUUACCGGCAUUUCAAUGUGGGCUUUGAAUGCGGCAACAAAGUGCUGGACACACUUAUGGCGGAGUUUACAACGGCAGCAAGAUCGGCCAUGGAGACUGGAAUAGCCACCAACCACGGUACUUUCUUCUUAUGCUUUGUUUGUCUUGAAGGUGACCUCCCUGCUCAGGCAAAGAUGUAUCAUUGCAAGCGGACUUUUUUGUCGGUCCCGCACCCCAUGUGUCCAUGGUGCGGGGCUGACGGGGAUACGAUCCCAUUUACUGAUGUUCGUGCUGGAGCCUCCUGGAAGGCCACGGUGGGUCAGGACGUCCCAUGGACCAACAAGCCGCCAUUGGCUGAUUUGACUACGAACGGCGAGGCGACCUUCCUGGCGAAAGACCUUUUUCAUAUCGUCAAUUUGGGAAUUGGUCGCACGUUCUUGUGUUCCGCCAUUUGCUUCUUGAUAUACCUGGGUCAUUUCAUUCCGUCAAACCCUGAUAUCGGGCGAAGCAUUCCUGUGCGCAUCAAUGAAGCUUAUGCAGACUUCAAGCACUUUGUCAAACACAUCAUGAACACCACGCCCCAUGUUAAGCACUGGUCUCGUGAAAAUCUCGGCUGGAAGGGCCCGCGAGAUAUGCCUCAAGUUACCUUUAAAGCGUCGGACACGUAUUUGAUACUGUCGUGGCUUGUGGACUAUCUGGGGCGGCCUUUUCAAGCAAACAACUACAUCAACAACAUGCUUGCUUGUGCACAUGGCCUCGAUGAUUUUCUGCGGAGAUGUGCUAAGGCCGACCGAGUCUUUAUGACUCAAACUGAGGCACGAGGUGCGGUCAAAUCCCUGGACGAGUUUCUGAUCCACUAUGUUCGGCUCGCAAGUGAUGCCAACCAGGAGGGACUUGUAUUUUUCAAUCUCACUCCUAAGCUGCAUUAUUUGGAUCACAUCCGUUUGGAGAUGAAGGGGCAGCUGGCAAACCAACGUAUCUUGAAUCCGAUGGCAUUCUCAACCGCUAUGGCCGAGGAUUAUGUUGGCAGGGCCUCUGUUAUUUCGCGCACGCCGCACCAGCUGGCCAUGCCGCUGCGCACGGCACAGAAGUGGCUGAUUGAAACCAGACUUCGGUGGCGGGGUCAGCGAUAA